ACAAAACCAGGGCAACUAAGCUGGAAUUGCAAAAUACAUGUAGCCUUUUUUUAAAUUUGUAUGUGGUUAUAGUCUAGAUGGUUAAAAUAAAGCUACUUGCUCAUGAAUUUUUGAAUUCUAAGAAUAUCUUUCUUAAUAAUGUAGAAAGCGUUAGGUUAUUCAAGUUAAGAAAAACAGUGUUUUAAGCGGAAAAAAUUGAUUUGAAGCUUAAGGGGGUAUCCUGCUUUAGAAUGUUGAAAAAAUCGAUUUUUUUAUUGCUUAAAUCUAUUCUUUAUAUGUAUAAGAACAUAUAUCCGAAGUUAUAGAGUCGGAUUCGCAGUAUUUCCGAAGAUACAGCACUAAACGUAGCGGGGCAUCGAGCAAGUGCCAGUGCUCGGUCAGACUGAAACGCGCUCGCUCCUCCCCUCGUCUCUAAGCUCGAAACUAUAUAGUUUCUGAAUAUAAUAAUGCUGAACCUGAAAAGGUUCAGCAGCUGUUCGAAAUAUUUUGCUUUCAUAGAAGCGUCUUUUGAACCUUAGUAUGUGUCAUCGGUAUAUAAUUUGUGUCUGUUUCCUAUAUAGCUGUUUAUGGCGUAACGUUUAGUUCUGCUCUGACUAUUGACGAGUGCGCUUCAAUAUAAUCAUGUCUAGUUAUCCGAAAGGUAACAAAUUAAGUAGUAAUCGUGCUGCAAAACCACGGAAACGAAAAUUCCAUGGUAAUCAAUUCACAACAGAAUCGGACGAUACAGAGUGCAACACAAGCAGUACUGAGAGAAAAUUAGCCACCGCUAGCACCGAGAACAUCAUUGUGCAUCUAACUCACUGCUAUCGAAUAAUCGAGUUUGUCACAGUAUUUUUUGCAAUUUCUGAUAUUGUAAUUUGCAGAUAUUGCAAACAAAAUAUACAAUUUUCAGAGAGCGGACAUCGAGGCUUAGGUUUUAAAAUUGUAUUAUCGUGUAUGUGUGGUCAUAGAGAAAUAAAUUCAGGACCGUUUAUAAACACUAGAUUCGAAAUAAAUAGACGAAUUGUUUUUGUUAUGAGGCUUUUCGGUAUUGAACGAGAAGGUAUUAAUGUGUUUUGUGGACUUAUGGAUAUAUGUAAAGGUUUAGCAAAAUCAACGUAUGAUCAAAUUGUGCAGCAUUUAUAUACAGCGUCAAAAUCAAUGUUCAAAAGCGUUUGUGAAAAAGCUGUCAAAGAAGAGAAAGAAAAAAAUAUAGAACAUGAUAGAUCUGCUGACUGUUUGAAAGUUUCUGGCGAUGGAUCCUGGAAAAAACGAGGUUUUACUUCAUUGUUUGGUGUUACAACGCUCAUUGCAUAUUACUCUGGCAAAGUAGUCGACCUUAUUGUAAAAAGUGCAUAUUGUCAUUCAUGUGCUUUACAAAAGAAUAUAUUAGACGAAGAAGAAUUUGAAGAAUGGUAUAAUGAUCAUAAAGAAUCAUGCUCUUCAAAUCACGAUGGUUUAGUAGGGAAGAUGGAGGUAGAUUCAAUCGUGGAGAUGUUCUUGAGAUCUGUUGAAAAUUUUGGAGUAAAGUAUACGAAUUACAUCGGCGACGGUGAUUCGAAAACUUUCAAUGGUAUUGUAAAAAUGAAUCCAUAUGGUGAUGAUUACCCUGUGACAAAAAAUGUGUGCGUGGAACACGUACAAAAGCGCAUGGGUACUCGACUCCGAAAUAAAAGGAAGGAAGAGAAGCUUGGAGGAAAAAAGCGUCUAACGGAGAGUCUCAUCAAAAAGUUGACAAUAUAUUAUGGUUUAGCAAUUCGAAGGAAUAUUCAUUCUGUCCAUGAUAUGAAAAAAGCUGUGAUGGCAACGCUGGAUCAUUAUUGUUCAACUGAUGAAUCUCCUUGUCACGAGAAUUGUCCGACAGGCACUGACAGCUGGUGUGAAUGGCGCAAAGCCGAAGCUACGAAUCGUCUUGCAUCCUUCAAACAUUCUGCUCGAUUAAUUGACGAAAAAGUGAAGGAACAUAUUCGUCCAAUCUACGAAGAACUUUCGAAUGACGAUCUCAUGACGCGAUGCUUAGGUGGACACACGCAAAAUUCGAACGAAUCGUUCAACUCCACUGUCUGGCGCAUAACUCCGAACCAUCUCAAUUCUGGUCAAAAAAUCGUAGAAAUUGCUGCGUAUAUGGCUGCAGGAAUGUUCAAUGAAGGAUAUUCAGCAGUUCUGCAUACUAUGCAAUUACUCAAUUUGAAAAUUGGCCAGCAAUGUAAAAUGUUUGCGGAUAAUGUCGACAUACAACGGAUUGAACGAGAAAGACGACGUUCGUUUCUUUCCAGUAAGGAAGCUCGUACGGCCCGUAGACUUGAACAACUUGAACAAAAUGAGUUCCAUGAGGAAGCUGAAGGUCUAUUGUAUAGCGCAGGAAUAGCUCAUUAGCGAAUUAUUGCCAUCAAAAUUAAGAGCUCUAUCACUCCCGCCAAUAGAAGACUCGGAUUACGGAUUGCCCAACAAAUGUGUCUAAUAAUCGGCUGCAUUUUGAUAUUUUUCUUUAAAAAAAUUUUUUUAUAAUGUUCAAUUAUAUACUAAAA